AAAAAUGGUACAACAAUACCAAACAAGAAGAAAAUUAAAACAAAGUUUCAGUCAGGAGGAGAUGAGGAAAUCCCCAGUGACUCAGAUGAAAUAAAUAGUGAAGAAGAAACUUAUACUAAAGGAAAAUCCCAUCAGUACAGCACAGAUGAGGAAGAGGAAGAAGAGACUGCUCAAGAGAAAAAAUUACGGCUUACCAAGCAGUAUUUAGCUCAGCUGGAAGCAGAAGAGGCAGAAAAAACAGACGAUGAGGAAGGUCAUGAUUUAGUAGGAGAGAGACUCAAAACAGACAUAUUAGAGCAGGCAGGAAAACUACAGAGAAAAUUGGCAGAUGAGUAUGUCCAACCAUCACCAGAUGACAUCACAUUGUUAAGAGGACACCAGUUAGCUGUCACCUGUCUAGUCAUCACACCUGAUGAGAAACACGUCUUCAGUGGCUCUAAAGAUUGUUCUAUUGUGAAAUGGAGUUUGGAGUCUAAGAAGAAGGUUCACACUAUCCACGGUGGUCGUAAGGGGACAGAGGACAGACAUGUGGGUCACACGUCACAUGUCUUAUGUCUGGCUGUGUCAUCUGAUGGAACAUUCCUGGUAUCUGGGGACAGAAACAAAUUAAUACAUGUUUGGAACCCUGACACAUGCCAGUUACUGCAUACAUUCACUGGACAUAGGGAUGCAGUGUCUGGUUUGGCAUUUAGAUGCGGAACACACCAGCUUUUCAGUGCAUCACAUGACAGAUCAGUGAAAAUAUGGAACUUGGAUGAGAUGGCAUACGUGGAGACAUUGUGA